AUGACCGACAAGACGAAAACUGCAGCGCUUGUCAUCGACGCGCGUCGACCUGGAGCGCAAACGCGGUUCGGUACACCCCAGAUUGCCGCAGAGUCGACUCCCGACUCAUCGCAAUCUUCGACCACGCUGUGGUACAACCAGGCCGAAACGCCUUCGAUGCUCGCCACAUCUCCAUGCGCCUCUCGCAGUCUGACGUUGCAGGGCAAGUUCGGACCCGAGUCGGCCGAUAGCUGCGGGUCAGAAUGGCUGCUGGGAAAGAUCAACGAGUUUCUCGCAGAUUCUCCUGAGGCCGAGGAGACCAUCGGCGACCCAUCUCUGUACGAUUCGCAAGUCUCGCCGUUGCGCAUGAGAAUGCCGCGGUCACCUCUACGGAUCGAGGCGGGUCUUACCUCGGCCCUGUUCUACAGGAGUUUCUCCAAGUCGAAUGCAGGGCAUCUGGACGCUGCGCCGUUUCCAUACAGCCCGACGGUUGAGGUGGCGACAGUGGCAACUGGCGUAAGAGUCUCGAUGGAGUACGGAUCGAUGCGGUGUAUUUCCAGAGAUGAUAUGCUGGGAUUGCGCAAGGAGGAUGCCGAUUCAAGAAGGUAUUCGAGGAUCCCGCUUGGUUCAUUUUGCGGCCAUGCUAUAGAAGAUGAUGAGGAUGGAGAAGCCACCCCGAGUACCAUCGGGGAGACUCCACCGUUGCAGACGUCGCCGGCUAGCCUGUCUUUCGCCUCGCUGUCCUCUAAAGACAGCUCCGUCUCCAGCAACUUGACUGCCGAGUCGAGUCGACCGGGCCUAUCUCCAACGAUCACGAUCACUAGGGAUGCGACUGUGACGCGGCCCAAUCGAGCAUGCACAGCGGACAAGCCGACGUUGUUUCCUCCGGCUGCACGCGGGCUGUCGCGCUCCGCAUCGGUGGGAUUCCUAUCCGCACUGGGCAGGGCGCGCAAAGUGUCGCUCUCUUCCUCCAACACGCGGCCGAAGCUGGUUCGCGUCGCCACGGCCGACAUACUGCGCAAACCCACCGACUCUGACAAGCGCGGGGACGAGACCGGACAGGUAUCCAUGCAAGGAUCGCCGACGAGCACGCAGAUCGUGGCGGGCCGCAAGAUGCAUAAGCUCAAACAGCUGCUUGGCGCCGAAGUGGAAGAAGCACUCUCGCCCGACACCGCCCGCAGCAUCGACACUAUGAAGCCACUUCCGAAUCUUCCACGCACACGGCUGCAGCGGAGCGGGACAACGGUCACAUUGCCAGCGCUGCACAGAGACGGUUCGGUACGCGGCUGGUCGACGAGUCGCACGUGCAAGGCGACUGUGACGGGUCGUCCAUCCAGUGCGCGCGACUCACGCUGCACCUGCCCAGCCUGCAAGCUGGGAGAUUCCCCCCACGCAAAGAUGACGUCGCUUGUAGGCGGUUAUGGCUCGAGAUAG